AGAGAACGCAUUUUGAACGCGGCAUUCGAGCAGCAGCGGGGACGGCGGGAGGAUCGCGGGUGAGCGCACGGUGCAGCCAGGUCGCCAUGAUCAGGAAUUGCUGAACAAAAAUGAGUGAAGAGAAUAGUGUUUCUUCACAAGUUGAAGAAUAUGAAGAUGACUUUGAGAAAGACCUUGAUUGGCUGAUCAAUGAAGAAACAAAAAAUAGUGAUGAAGAUCCAGAGGAUUAUGAAGAAGAUGAAAACAUUGAAGCCAAAAUUGAUAAAGAGCUAAAUAAUGAGGAAGAAGCAGCAAGGGAAAGUGUAGGGGAUGAGAAACAUUCUGGGAGUCAAACAGAAGAAUCACAUGAAUUGAAUGAAGGUUUACAUAAUGAUACAGAAAAGGCUAGAGAAGGAGGAGAUCUUACCACCAUCACUUCUGCUCCCAUAUCAGAUACAGUCAAUGAAAGCUCAUUCCAGGAAUUAAAGCAGGAGGAUCAGCAAGAUGAAGAACAGAGUGAAGAAGUAAAGCGCUACAUAAUGGAAAAGAUUGAGCAGGCCAACAAGGAACUGAAGGAUGAAGAUCCUGUGGAUCAAAAUCGAGAACGCAGAUUGAAGUUCAAAGACAAUUUAGUUGACUUGGAGGUCCCACCUGCGGAGUUUGUUGAAAUAGAAAGAGACAAUGGAGAGAUCACAAGUCCAAUGUCUAUAAAGUAUAUUUCAAAUGAUGUUCAAAAAGACAAUGACAAAGAAGUCAUAGAUCAGAUGUCUGUAAAGUAUAUUGCAAAUGAUGUUCAAAAAGAUAAUGAUGGAGAGGUCACAGAUCAGAUGUCUCAAAUGCACAUUUCAAAUGAUGCUCAAAAAGCUGAUGAUACAGGAAAACAGUGGGAAGAGGAUAAAAACAAGGACAAAGAAGUGUUGAUGGAAAAGGAUGGAAAAUUUGAACUACUGAGUUUACAGGAUGUUGAAAGUCAAGGUUUACUACCUCAGAUUUGUGUUGCAUUUGGUGAAAAUGAAUGGGAACAAUCAGAUAAUUCUAAAGGAAAAAACCUCUCAAGCAUCCAGAAUAGUUUAUCUCCCUCUCCAACAGGAAUACUUAAUACACUAAAACCACCAGAUGAACAAAAAGAUCGAGUAACCUCUCCAUCUAAUACACAGAAGAAUGGAACUCAAAAGGCAUUACCUCGAAGAGUGCAAUCUGCAGUAGUUUCCCCAAAACAAUCUGCCCAUGUUAUUACCCCAGAACACAAAGAACUUAACUGGAGAACUCAACAAAAGAAGGUGCAGCCAAAGACAGAGAUACGGGCAAGAAAAACUGAUGAAGAGGAGCGGAAGAAAGAGGAGAAUAAGAUAGCUUUUGGGAUCUGGCUUCAAAAGAAGAAACAGCAGCAUCAGGAAGAAAAGAGAAUUCAAUGUGCAAAGGAAAUAGAAAAGAAGAAUAGUAAGGAAUUUCGAGACCCAAAUGAAGCCUUCAAUCUCUGGCUAAAGAAGAAACGGGAACAACAAAUCAAAGAACAGCAAAUGGAAGCUAUGAGAAAAAGGGAGCAAGAUUACAACUCAAGAAUCCACACAAGAGAAGAUUCUGAAAAAGCUUUUAAACAAUGGCUAAAAAGAAAAAAGGCUGAAAAACGUGCUGAGCAGUUGGCUGCCAAGGAGCGAUGCAAGAAGUUUCUAAUGGAAGCUAGAAGAGUAAAAAGAAUGCAGACUCUGCUGUGCUCUCUUAAUGAAUCUAAAUCAUUUCAGUUUGACAAUUAUGGGUACAGGUUCUAGAAAAUCCUGGUCAUCUUAUUUCUCUUUACAUUUAGAAUACCUCAAUGCAAGGUUCAGAUAAAGCAGAAUCCUUUUGUGGGUUUGCAUAUUGCACUUUCACUAGCAUAAACAUAUCUUGAGAUCUCAACAAUGCUAUCUGAUUUUUCAGCAUGCUUCUGCAUCAGUAUCAAUACUGGCUGAGUAUUGCGUACAGCAUGAUUAGGUUGUAAUAAAUUAUCUACACAGUCUGUACGUUGUUACUGUUUUUUGUAUUCCAGUAGGGAAGAAAUCAAUUAAGCAUUUAAAAACAUUUUUCUAAUAGGUUCAAGUAGACAGGUAUUUGAGUUUGGACUUUGCACAGAAGUUUCUCAUAGCUAUGAAAAAUAAAUCAAUGGUAUUUCAGCAGAUUUUAGUGCAGUUUUCUAUAUACAACUGAUAAAUUAAGUUCUAUCUACUCAGUCUGAACCAAUUCAAUUAAAUUCUGUCCAGUCAAUCUGAACCCAAUCAUUUAAACUCUAUAGUGUUUGAAUGUCAGUAAGGUUGAGUGUCAGUAAACUUUUGUACCUGCAAUUAAAUGCAUAUGUUCCUCCCUCUCGCCCCCCAACACACACACACACACAUACAUUGCAUUCCUACCAACUGAAUAGACAGAUGAUCUGUUUUUUCUCUGGCAAUGUCAGAAUAAGGAACUGUUGUGUGACCAAGAAUGCUUUGUGGGUUCCUUACUGUUAUGCUGCUUCUCAUUUAGGAAUGGCCAAAUGCCUACAUUAUUGCCCUCAUAUUAAACUCACUGAAAUUGAGAAUUUAGCUUGUGAAAUCCAUUCCAUAAGCCUCUAUAUCAAUUUAUAAGUCUCCUUUCCAGCCACAAGCAACCUGCUUGGGGCUUCUGGUCCUCUGUGUAAUUUGGAUGGAACUCCAUUUUUGCCAAAGCUAUACUGGUGUAAUAGAGAAGUCCCAUGGAACUUCCCAGUGAUAGUUUUCUAACUCCCUUUCUUUUAGAAGUACAUACCAGUAACAAUGCUGUCAUGAAGGUUGUAAGAUUUUUCAGAUUUCUGUGUACUUUGAGUUACUAUUGACUAUAUUAGACUGAUAUAGUUUAAACAGAGAAAAUUCCAAUAGUGGAAGACUAAUUAUUCUGAGAAAUGUUACCCAUCAUAAUUUCCGUUAUACAGGUUUAGACAGUCACUAAAGCUAUACAAAAGGAGUAUUCAUAGGAAGCACAAUUUGUGUGUUCAUUUAGCAAAUUUCUUUGAGACGCAAUUAAUAAUUGAAAAAAAUGCAGAUGCUAAAAAUCCAGAAUAAAAACAGAAAAUCCUGUUAGCUCAGCAUUCAGAAAAUAAGGCAGCAUUCUUGGCGAGAGAAACAAAGCUAACAUUAUGAGUAAAGGAUCUUUCAUCAGGACUGGAAAAAGAGACAAUAAUGUUUUAAGUUGUAGAGAAGGAGAGGGGUGGAGAGAACUGAGGGAAUAUCUGUGACAGGAUACAGACCAAAGUUGUAAAGGUAACGAUUAUUUUAAAAACUGGCAGUUGGAGGCAGAAAGAAAAAUAAAACAAAUUGAAAUAGCCACAUCUGUGCUUUGACAUUCUACAUGAUGAAAUUAUUAAUGUUUGAUCAAGUGUAUUGACAAUUCAUAAUACAGUGUUAUGGUACCUUUGUAUCUAUAAAAAUACAGAAUAAGUUUCAUGACAAUAAAAAGGAACUGUUUACCAAAUGCUUAGACGUGCACUUUCCAAGGAUCAAACAAAUGCUUGAUACUAUUCAGUAAUAAUGCACACAAUUGCUUUAUACAAUUUGUCACACAAUAGUAAGUGGUCAGAUGUUUAAAUAAAAAAUUGUUACAUUCUUAAAAUUCAAAACUGUAAACUUCUUAGCAACUUUGUAGAAUGCCCAGAUGUUUAUUUCUAUAUGACACACAGUAUAAAAAUGCAGCUUAUUCCAGGACAUGCUAAUUCUCAUUCAGUGAGACUAGCUGGCCCAUGAAGAACAGAUGACGGUGAUCAGGUAGGAUCAAAGAAAUGGCUUUAAAAAAAAAUCAGUCACAAGAAUCAAAAUAAAGGUGUUUCUGAUCAUAACUGGCUGAUCUGAGGAUGUGCACAUUGGGUAUAAAGUGCUUUCCCAGAAGAAACAUUGCAAGAUACUCUAACUUUACUAAUUAUUUUACAUGUGGCUUACCUUUAACAGCUCACUCAUAACUUCAUUCCAAAGAAAAAGUGGAAUAUAUAAAAACUAGCAAAAGAAAAAUUUUUUUUUUUUUUCACACACAAAACUAAGACAGAUGGUUUAUUUCUGUCUUCUAACCUUACCUGAAUGCUGUAGAGUCUGAACUUUGCACUGUCUAGAACUCCUCUGUAUGGGAACUGUGAGAGCUAAACCAUUAGCAUGGGCUGGUUUGCACUCUGUUCCUUCCAAGGACUUCAUGCUGGAAAUUGGAGAUACUAUGAAAAGCAGAAUUUCACAUUGUGAAAGUCAUAGCCACAUGACUGGCUGCAAGUCUUAGGGGCUUCUUUCUGCUGUUACAGAGCAAAUACAAAAUGUUUCCAAGUUCAAAGUUUGAGGGAUCCUAUUCAGUGGCUUUAUGGUGCCCAGUUUACCUUCCAAAUUCUUCAAUAAGAUGGAUGUCAUGCUAUAAAGCAAAGCAGAAAAAUAAGGUGGAAAAAAAGAAGCAAGUAUAUAACCUUUACAGCACAAAAACAGAAGUUCGAUAAAAUUAAUGACCCAUUUUUGGGUUCCAACUUUAGAAAAUGGGUCAGGACCUUGAAGAGAAUUUGGCAAACGUUAAUUAAAUAGCGCCAAAUAAGAGGGAUUUUCUACGCAAUAUUUCUAUUUGCAUUUAAUAAUACUGGGACUCUAUCUUUUUAAUAAUUUGUAAAAAGAUGGGAAAUAUUGGGUUGUUUUCCCUAGGACACAAUGCACCAAAUGGCCACCUUCUGCACUGAUCAUGUUUAUUACACUAUUUUGGUCAUAUACUGCAGCUCCUUCAUAUCAAUUUUAUAACAUACAAACUAAGGUUGUAUGGGGCUUUCCAUGCAUUGUUCAACAAAUUUGUACACAAGUUGAAUAUCUGCUUUUCAACAAAUAUUUUGAGCAAAAAAAGUUACAACACUUUGCCUGCCAUUGCCUCAUUUCCAUGAGAGUUCUGAAUCUGUAUUUUUUUUUGCAAGUAUGGACUCUGUUGUUCCUGAGGUUUGCACAAGUCUCAAAUCAACACUUUAUAACUCCCUUUCCUAACCAUUUUACCUGGCAACCACACGUUUUCUGGGCAGAGCUUCAAUGAUAUCCAAAAUAAAGACAGCAAAUACCGGAAAUACUCUGUGAAGAUCGGAACAGUGUUAAUGUUUCAAGUCAAUGACCUUUCAUCAGAACUGUAAAAAGUGAGUUUAAUUUUUUUUUAAGUUGCCAAGGAAGGGAAGAGUGAAUAAGGGGAAUGUCUGUGAUAGCAUGGAGAUCAACAGAAUCGCUUGCUCUUAAUUGUUUGUUCACAAAGGUUUAGUUAUUCAGAGGCAAAAUGUUUGGGCUUAAGGAAACAUGCCAAGACAAGAACAUAUAACCUAUACUGAUACUGCAGCAGUGGAAAUGUUGAAUUCCGGAGGUAUUAUUUGAAUGAGAUAUUAAAAUGAAGGCUGUUAUGGUAGACAUUGGUGAUCCAAGUGCAGAAGAAUGGGGGGCUCUUCUGGUUAACCAUGACAGAUAAACAAGUGGAGGAAUGGAAGUGAUGGGAUUGAUGAGAGGGCAGGCAUAGACUCAAUGGGCUGAAUAGCCAUCUUCCAUAUCAUGAGAAAAUAAAAUAUGAUGUUUGGAUUGCGCUGGGUGGCUACCACAUUGACAGAAUUAAUUUCUUACAAGCUCCUUGCUUCAUAAGUCAAGCUUGUUCAAUUCUCCUUCACACUGAAGUGCCUAUGUUUGGCUAGUGACUGAGUGACCAUCCUCUUUAAAACUGGGAGAAGAGUUUCUUAUCAAGCAAUGAAACUUUAUGGCAGAUCAUGAACCUGAUAACUAAAUCAAGUCAGUAAAAUCUUUAGUGAGAUCCGCAGAGAGAUUAGUCACUAAAUUUCCUGCCACUUAAUUCUAGAAAAUCCAAGCAAGCAGGUAGUGUGAUCCUAAAUGGAGAACAAGGAAGCAACUUACUUGAGUAUUGCACUGGUUGUGUUUAACAAUGAUUAAAUGUCAGCAGGUUUACUGUAUCACCUCCUUAAGGUGAUUGUAACACUCUAUAUUUAACUUCUCUUGGACUUGAUAUGCAGAAAAUGCCCUUAUGGAAUGUACACCACUAAUAUCAAACAGGAACUACUUGUGCAAUUCUUGAUAGCCUGAUUUGUUGUCUUAAAACAUAGGUUUCUCCAGGUUCAAGCAUCCAAAAGGAAACAGUGGUCAAAAUCAUCAGUUUGCUAGAAAAUUAUUUGUAAAAUAUAAGACUUUCUAAAUUUAGGCCAAAAAUCUUAAAUACCAAUGGCAUCAAAAAGAUGCAACUAACUUGACUGCUGUUUUCUCAACUGCAAGAUAUGCAUAGGUAAGUAGAAAUCGUUUUGGGAUAGAUAUUGUUUCUUACUAAAUUGUAUCACAACAUCCCCCAGUUUUAAUGCAUGAACAGGAAUUAUC